AUGCAAUACGUUCCGGCACCCGGUCCGCAGAUGACUUUAAGAACAGUAACCAACAGCAAUAUUAUGCCUGGAAAUGUUUCUGGACUAUACCAGGCACCAGCGAUGCAAUGUAUGAUGUACGGACAAGCAGUAUACGGACCGCCAAUGAUGUAUUCACCAAUCAAUUCCCAAGUCACUUAUCCAGUACGGCAAAAAUGUAUGACGCACGGCGUUCAGUAUAUAAACAACUUAAACUCGCUAGACUUAGCAAGCAGUAAUUUUGUAGAGACAGGAAAGCCUGAUUCGCACCUGAAGACUGAACAGACGCACACUGCAAACGUAUCGAGAGAUAGGAAACGCGCAGAAUCUCAAGCUUUAGCAUCCAAAGCCGAUCAAGGAAGCAUAAUUAGUCACUCAUCAACGAAUGCCUCAUAUCAGAGCUCGAAAUCAAUACAGUGGGGCAACAGCGAGGAGAAAAUGGAUAAAACUGACAGAGAGUCCAGUUAUUCAUCAUUUUGUUCAUCUUUCUUUAAAACUGAAUCUGGCCGUUCGGCAGAAAGCAGUGACUCUAAAAAGGAUUUUGGAAAAAUAGGAAAAAAGAGUGCAAUCGAUGGCGGACAUGGAAACUGGCCAGCAUUCGAAACGGAGCAGAUAAAAAACAGUCCUAGAAGAAAAAUGGUACCGCCGUGGAUGGAACACGUUUGUGUUACCUCGGAACUGAUCUAUAAAUAUCAAAUUCUUACAAAGAGCAUGGAUGAAGUACUGUCGGGUGACAAACAGAAAAUAAAAACCCUUGAGCAGCCAUCAUUGGUGAACGAGCAGUUGAGUCAGCUUUAUUUAGACCUUCAGUUGGAAGGAGUCGCAGCAAGAUUGACACUUGAAGAGGGCAUCACCAGUUCAAGUAGUUCUGGUGAAGAGUCUAUAGCCAGAGCAUCAAAGGGCCAUAGAAAAAAGCGGCAGUACAGCAAAUUGGUGAUGAUAUACGAAGAGAAUGCACCACUUCCACCUCCGGACUCACCAUCCGGUACAUCAAAUUCUUAA